AUGUGGAGGCUGAAGAUUGCUGAGGGAGGUAACGAGCCAUACUUGUACAGCACCAACAAUUACGAAGGGAGGCAGAUUUGGGAAUUUGAUUCUGAAGCUGGAACCUCCGAAGAGCGAGCUGAGGUCGAAGCUGCUCGCGAGAAUUUCUACAAGACUCGGAAUCAAGUCAGGUCUUGUGCCGAUCUCCUUUGGCGUAUGCAGUUUCUUAAGGAGAAAAACUUCAAGCAAACAAUACCAGAAGUGAAGGUUGAGGAUGAUGAAGAAAUCACAUAUGAGAAGGCCAUAGCCUCCUUAAGACGGGCCGUUCACUACUUUGGGGCCUUGCAGGCCCACGAUGGCCAUUGGCCCGCAGAAAAUGCUGGGCCAUUGUUCCUCCUCCCUCCCUUUGUAAUGUGUAUGUACAUCACUGGAUCUCUAGAUGUUGUAUUCCCCAAACAGCAUCGUAAAGAAAUCCUUCGCUACUUAUACAAUCAUCAGAAUGAAGAUGGUGGAUGGGGCUUGCACAUAGAGAGUGACAGCACAAUGUUCUGCACAUGCCUGAGCUAUAUAUGCAUGCGAAUUCUGGGUGAAGGACCUGAAGGUGGUAGGAAUAAUGCCUGUGCAAGGGCUCGGAAAUGGAUUCACGACCAUGGUGGUGUCACAUACAUACCUUCUUGGGGAAAGACUUGGCUUUCGAUUAUUGGUUUGUUCGAUUGGUCUGGGACGAACCCAAUGCCUCCAGAAUUCUGGCUCCUCCCUUCUUUUCUCCCAAUGCAUCCAGCAAAAAUGUGGUGUUAUUGUCGAUUGCUUUAUAUGCCAAUGUCAUAUUUAUACGGGAAGAGAUUCGUGGGUCCGAUCACUCCACUGGUUUUAGAAAUGAGAGAUGAACUCUAUAGUAUUAAUCAACCAUACAACCAUAUUAACUGGAGAAAAGUCCGUCAUUUAUGUGCAAAGGAGGAUUUAUACUACCCUCAUCCUUUGAUACAAGACUUAUUGUGGGAUAGCUUGUAUGUGGUUACGGAGCCUGUUCUCAGUCGUUGGCCUCUAAACAAGUUGAUUAGAGAUCAUGCUCUUGCAGUAACAAUGAAGCACAUCCACUAUGAAGAUGAAAACAGUCGAUAUAUAACCAUUGGAAAUAUUGAAAAGGCACUAUGCAUGCUUGCAUGCUGGGUUGAAGAUCCAAAUGGGGUUGCUUUCAAAAAGCAUCUCGCAGGAAUCCUGGAUUACUUGUGGGUUGCAGAAGAUGGAAUGAAAGAGCAUACUUUUGGAAGUCAAUCGUGGGAUACAGGGUUCGGCAUUCAAGCGUUGCUUGCCGCCAAUCUUAACGAUGAAAUUGGACAUAUACUUACAAGGGAACAUGACUUCCUAAAGAAAUCUCAGGUCAGAGACAAUCCUUCUGGUGACUUCAAGAGCAUGUAUAGGCAUAUUUCUAAGGGAUCUUGGACUUUCUCUGACCAAGACCACGUAUGGCAAGUGUCCGAUUGCACUGCUGAAGCUUUGAAGUGCUGUUUGCUAUUCUCAAUAUUAAUGCCACCAGAAAUUGUUGGUGCGAAGAUGGAGGUUGAGAGAUUAUUUGAUGCUGUCAAUAUCUUGCUUUCUCUUCAAAGUAAAAAUGGAGGUGUAUCAAGUUGGGAACUAGCGGGGGGUAAAAAUUGGUUGGAAAUGUUGAAUUCCACUGAGUUCUUCGAGGACGUUGUUGUUGAACACGAAUACGUUGAGUGCACCUCUUCAGCCAUCCAAGCUUUAGUGCUGCUCAAGAAGUUGUACCCUCAGCAUAGGCAAAAGGAGAUUGAGAACAUUCAAAAUGCUGUGAAAUACAUGGAGGAUGUGCAAAUGCCUGUGUCACGACCCAAAUAA